AUGGUUAGUGGAAAAACUUUUGAUUCCAUUCCAGAUGAGCUCAUCAUCGAGAUAUUCUCGAGAUUGACUACAAAAUCAAUCGCUAGGUGCCGCUGCGUGUCGAAGCUGUGGAAUUCAUUGGCUCCAAUCAGGUCAGGAUUUCACCGUCAUGAUUUCACCGAGUUGUUUCUAACCAAGUCCUCGGCUCGUCCACGUCUCUUAAUUGGGGUAGGAAAAUACAGUGAGUUGAGAUUUUACUCAACUCUUCAACCUCAGCCUCAGAAUUCAUAUGAGAAGUUGUCUUCUCCCGUAGUAGCCGCCACCGAGUUUCAUACCAAGUUCUCUAUAGGCAUAAGCGAAUACAAAUGUAGCUAUACCUCUGGCUUGAUCUAUUUUCAUAAUAUGCGCAUCCCAAGGGAUGAUGAAGAUGUAAAGCGUGUGAUAUGUAACCCUCUCACAGGACAGUAUGUGAUCUUACCUCAACUUAGAGGUGCUUCGUAUAGCUACCUAGGGUUUGAUCCGGUUAACAAGGAAUUCAAGGUAUUGUUCAUGUCUAGUCAUGAUACAGAUCAUUAUAUUUUGACACUGGGAACUGGGGAGUUGAGGUGGCGGAAGAUCCAAUGUCCUUUUACACAUGAUUGUCUAUGGGGUUUUGAGGACAGCGUUUGCAUCAAUGGGGUUUUGCAUUACUUAGCUUAUGUUUAUGAUACUAAUGAUCCUAAUGGAUGCUCUAAAAGGAUAGUUUGCUUCGAUGUUAGAUCUGAGAAAUUCAAGCUCGUUGACCGUUUAGCAAACGGUUAUGAAGGCCAUUUUGAUGGGAUGAUAAACUAUAAGGGGAAAUUAUGUGGGCUUCAUUUGGAUUAUGCUUAUGAUGGUGAAUAUCUUCUUAAGUUGACUUUGAGGGUUCUAGAAGAUGUCGAGAAGCCUGAAUGGUCCAACUAUGUCUACUCUUUGUCGGCUGAUCAUAGUGAAGUUUUUAAGGUCAAAGAAGAGAAGCUAUCCGUUGUUGGGGUGACUGCUUCAGGUGAAAUUGUUUUGGCGAGGAAAUCUGCGUCUGCACUGUUUGAUGUUUUCUAUUUUAAUCCCGAAAUUAACACUCUCCAGAGUGUUUGAAAUCGAAGGUGAAAUCGAAGGUGUUGGAGGAGCUUAUUGUUAUUCAAGAGUUAAUGUCUUUGUAGACCAUGUAGAGGAUCUUAGUGUUAAUGAUGCAAUGCAACUCAAGUCAAACCCUUUACAACUAGUAGGCGAAAAUAUAGUUCCCAAGAGGCCAAAACCACAACGACGUAGGCGUACAUCUGCUCACCUCUCCAAGUCUUUUCAAUCUGUGAAGAGCGA